AUGUCCGAGGUUUUCGGUGCCAUCGUUGCUGGAUGUGGAUUCCUUUCCUAUGGCCUGUGGCACCCUCUUGAGUCUAUCUCAAGUGUUGGUCCAACACUAAACGAAGCCACAUUCGGUCUGCUGGGGUCCAGCUUCAAGCCAGAUCGCGACAUACCUAGCCUGGAGGGAAAGGUGAUCUUACUCACCGGAGGAAAUGCCGGUAUUGGCAAGGAAACCAUUCGCCAACUCGCCAAACACCAACCUGCCAGGAUCUAUCUCGCCGCGCGAACAGAAAGCAAAGCGUUGUCUACGAUUGAAGCCAUCCAGUCCGAGCUAGCCUUCCCCAUCGAUAUCCGUUACCUCUCUCUAGACCUAUGCUCCUUCAAGUCCAUUCGCGCCGCCGUAGCCAAGUUCCAAGCCGACAGCGACCGGCUAGAUGUCCUCAUCCUCAAUGCAGGGACAAUGGGAAAUCCCGCAGUAACAACGGAGGAAGGUUUCGAGGUUCAGCUGGGUACUAACCACGUAGGGCAUUUCCUACUCACGAAACUGCUUCUACCUACACUGCAGGCGACGGUCGCCCGGGAUCGCGCCAGGGGUGUUACCCCGGACGUUCGCGUCUUGAGCGUGUCAUCUGUCGCACAUGCGUUAAGCCCGACAACGUUCGAGGAGAUGACAUCCACUCCUUUGCUAUUGGAAAAGCUCACAUGGUACCGCUAUGGUGCUUCCAAAGCGGCGAAUAUCUUCUUUGCUACGGAGUUGGCGCGUCGGUACCCUGAGAUCACUACGGUCGCUGUGCACCCGGGUGCAGUUCAGAGUGGUUUAUAUGGACAUGCAAAGGCCAUUAACUCAUUUUCGAAGCACUCUUUAGAUACAAUGUUGUCUAUCUUCUUCAGAAGCGUCUCCACAGGUGCUCUGAGCUCUCUAUGGGCAGCUACUACUGCGCAAGAGAACCUAAUUAGUGGCGCAUAUUAUACUUCCGCUGGAUAUCGCAGUAAGGGAACAGCCACUCUCGCAGCUAUGGGCCGCAUCGUUGUGACCGGCGGCUCCGGCAAGGCCGGACAAUCCAUCAUCGCCGAGCUCCUCGACGCCGGACAUACAGUCCUGAAUCUGGAUCUGGCCUCCAUGUCCCAUCCCAGCGUGCACACCUUGAAAACCGAUCUCACCGAUAGUGGACAGGUCUUCAACGCCUUGUCCGGACAGUGGGCAUUGACCGAGCCCUUCCCCGAAGGACUUCCACCUCGACCAGAUGCCGUGAUCCAUAUGGCUGGUUACGCACGUAACAUGCUUGUCCCAGAUAACGAGACAUUCCGCUCCAACACUCAGGGAACCUACAAUAUCUGUGAAGCGGCUUGCAAGCUAGGGAUCCGCAAGAUUAUCAUCGCCAGUAGCACCACUGUGUACGGCGUCGCGUUUGCACAGGGCGACGUAAAUUAUCCUUCAUUUCCAAUCGAGGAAGAUCAGGAUGUCUGUCCUACGGAUACCUAUGCUAUCGCGAAACUAUGCAAUGAGCGCGUGGCCCGCGGUUUUGCUGCCCGCUUCGGCGCAGAUAUCUAUAUCCUGCGUAUUGGCCAUGUCAUUGGUCCCGAUGAAUACAAUGAAGAAAUAUUUUCCAGUUACGUGCAUGAGCCUUCGCGAUGGAAGGUACAUGGAUGGUCGUAUAUCGAUUCGCGCGAUCUUGGAGGGAUGUGCGAGGCUGGUUUACGAACUGAUGGGCUGGGGUUCCAAGUCUUUAAUGCGACCAAUGAUACGAUCACCAACUUGACUCCUACUGAGGAUUUUCUACGGACGUCUUACCCGGAAACACCUAUCACGCGCAAGUUGGAGGAGUUCGAGGCUCCGUUGUCGAAUGCGAAGAUGAAGAGAAUGCUUGGAUUCCAAGAGAAACAUGGGUGGCGAAAAUACUUUAAUCUGUGGGAUAAGAAACGAGUGGUCAAGUUACACCCCGUCACACCAUCACAAUGGAUCAAGCAAAGUUGGCUAGAAUGCAGGCGAGCUGGCAAGGGUACUCCCCGCCGCAAGGUCAAGAAGGUCCACAAGACCAGCGGUGCCGACGACAAGAAGCUCCAGGCUACCCUCAAGAAGAUGAACACCCAGCCCAUCCAGGGUAUUGAGGAGGUCAACAUGUUCAAGGAGGACGGCAACGUCAUCCACUUCGCCAACCCCCGCGUUCACGGUGCCGUCGCCUCCAACACCUACGCUCUGUACGGUAACGGUGAGGAGAAGGAGCUCACUGAGCUCGUUCCCGGUAUCCUGAACCAGCUCGGCCCCGACUCCCUCGCCUCCCUGCGCAAGCUCGCCGAGAGCUACCAGAACAUGCAGAAGGCUCAGGGUGAGAAGGGUGAUGAUGAGGAUGAUAUCCCCGACCUUGUCGAGGGUGAGAACUUCGAGGACAAGGCUGAAUAA